AUGAACGAAUAGAUUGCAUAUAUUGAGGACUUUUAUAUCGAUUUUUGUGCCUUGCUGGGUUAAGGAGCAUGUGGUAAAGUCUUUGCUGCAAACAGAAAAAAUGAUACUAAAUAGUAUUGUGCUAAAAUUGUGAACGGAAAUUCUUAAAAUGUCUAGAAAGAGUUAGAUAUUCUGAAUUUUAUGAAAAACAAGCAAAAUGAGAAUAUAGUUAAUGUGUAUUAUAGUAACUUCGUUCCAGAUAAAGGAUUCUUUGUUAUAAUCAUGGAAAAAUGUGAUUCAGACUUAGAAAAGGAAAUUAAAAGUAGAGGUUAACAACGGAGAUAUACAGAACAAGAGGCCAUUGAAAUAAUGAAACAAUUAUUUAAUGGAUAUAGAGUACUUUAUCAAAGUCAGGUCAUCCAUAGAGAUAUAAAACCAGCCAAUAUAUUGACUUCAUAAGGAAAAUACAAAAUUGCUGAUUUCGGAGUCGGCAAGAUUUAUUAAUCAGAUUAGAAUUUGUUAAAUAUCACAAAGAAUGGAACACCUGUAUUUAAAGCACCUGAAUUAUAAGGAAACUAUGAAUACUCCCCAUCUGAUAUAUUGUAUAUUCAAGGAAAUCAACCAAGAUUUUCAACUAAUCCUUCACCCCUACAAGGCAGCACUAUGCAAGGCAACAUGAUGCAAGGUAACAUGAUGCAAGGCAACAUGAUGCAAGGCAGCAUUAUGCAAUAGGGUACUAUGCAAUAGAAUGCUCCAUUCAAAGGAACAUUUGAUGACAAAGAGAAAAAAGUAAAGUUGCUACACAAAGUCGAUAUUUAUUCAUUUGGAAUUCUAUUUUAUCAUCUUUUAACUGGUACAUAUCCUUUUGAAUUAUCAAUGUCUGGGAUUAAUGACUUUAUUUAAAGAUUAAAGAUUACUCCUUUUAAGAUCCCUCCUCAGUUUAAUAUAUCUCCAAGUACUUGCUAAUUGAUCGAAAGAAUGAUUACUUAUUCUCCUGUCGAAAGAAUUGAUUUCCCGUCGCUCAGUUCAUGGUAUGGAUUAAGACUUGGAACUAUGUACAAUAGAGAUAGCGCUAUUAUGCUUCCUGUCAAGAUGGCUUCUAUCACAUUUAAUCCUCCAAAGAUAGUAAUGAUCCUACCUUAAAAGAGUGUGCAAGAUUGGAUUUAAUAAUAUAGACUGUUGUUCAUUGAAAAAUGUUGUGAAAGUUAAAUUGUGAUUCCGAUAUACAGAAAUUAUUGCGAUUUAUGUUUGAAUCUGGCUAUUAUGCAAUUUGAACAAACCAUAACUAUAGAAUAAAUAAUUGAAUAUAUAUAAAAGUAUCAAUAGGCUAACAAAUGCGAUAUAGAAUUUAAAAUAGAGGCUAAGUUGGAUAGAAUAUUUUAUAUUCAAGAAUAUUGUAGAGUAUUAAAAAACUAAUUCAUACCUAAAUGUUUUGAUUACGAACAGAUUAAAACCUAUGGAGAAACACAUCUAAAGUUUAUGUUUAUCACUUCGAAACUAUUAAAGGGAUAUUACAACAUUUAAUCCUUAUUAGGCCCUCAACCACCUAAUUAUAAUGCCUUCAAAGAUCUGAUUUCAAAAGAUAUUGGUUUAACUAAAGAAUAGUAUAAGCAAUAUUUAGAUGAUUAAUUUUGAAAUAUAAAUAAUUAAGAUAGAUAUAUAUGUGA